CACUUCGCCUCAGUUCUUCACAAAGACAAAAUGGCAGGAUGUUAAUGAGCGUUUGCGGAUAUUCAUAAAAUUAAAAUCAUGCAAAAAUAUUACGAAGAGUGUAAAAUUUUAGAUAUAUUAUAAACGAAUCAAGUGUUGUGCAAGUGGGAAUAUCGGUUUACGUGUAAAAUGCGCCGUUGAUCACAAAUGUUGGAUUUUAGUGCAGUCCCGAUAAGUCUGGCUAGCAGUGACAAAUAUGAAAAUAUGCAUCAUUAAGGAAAGGUUAUUCAAUAAUACGAGUGCACACUUUAAGGGGUGUCGAAGGAAUGAUACAAUACAAUUUCGAGUAAAACCCAGUGGUAUUAAACAAGCUGCGUCUCUAGCAACAAAAUAACAUUUACCUGAUUCAAAAUGAUUCGACAGCACUUUGAGCCUCCGCUAGACUAUCAUCAACAGCAACAAAUUCAACAGCAAGUUCAUCAACAACAGAUACAACAGCAACAACAGAUUCAACAGCAAGUACAGCAACAACAGAUCCAACAGCAAGUGCAACAACAACAGAUUCAACAGCAAGUACAGCAACAAGUUGCUCAGCAGCAGCAUAUUUCCAAAAUAGUGAGUAGUCCACCGCCGACAAUCGUCGGUACACAGAAUGGAACAACAAUGUGUGUAGCUAAGUUAGUUGUGGGCCUCGACCAUGCUCCGUUGUCAUUCAAUGUACGACAACGAAUUAUCGGCGAUGGGGGCACAAAUCUGAACUAUAUACGUUCGGAGACCGGAGCAAUGAUUUCUCUUCGCGGACGAGGAUCACUAAACUUUGAACCACAAACUGGACAGGAAGCGCCUGAACCAUUGCAGCUAUGCAUAGAGCAUCCCACAUUGGAGGGGUUUCAGCACGCCAAGCAACUAGCUAAAAAUUUGAUCGAAACGUUACAAGAAGAGUUAAGUUUGUUUCAGGAAGCACCUAAACAAAAUUUUCAGCUUAUUUCUCAGCCAACGAUUGUUCAAACAACUCAGGUGCCCCAGAUGCCACCGUUAAUGCGCGCUCAGCACUUGGCUCAGUCAAACGGCAUGAUGCAUCAGCCUCCGCCCCCGAUGAUACAGCAACAAGGAUUCAUGCAGCACCCACAAAGUCAGCCGCCUCCCCCACAAAUUAUACAACAACCCCCAACGAUAAUACAAUCGCACGUACCGGUUCAGAUACAUCAACAGCCAAACAAUGUUGUAAUUUCACAGAUUCAAACUGCACCUCAAAUAACAAAUGUUAACAAUCCGCCACCAGGGGCGCAAAUUCGACCUACAAUGAUGCAGAUUAAAAACACAAUUCCCCCUCAUCUUUCGCAGCCUCCACCCAACAUGCAAAUCCCGCAGGUUUCGGAAGCGCCGCAACAAAUAUUGCUAAAUCAAGCACCGCCUUAUCAAGUGCAAUAUAUUCAGCAAAAUACUCCAAUCCAAACGAGCAGUGGCCCCCAUCCUACGGGACAGGUGACGAUUCAGCACGUCAUACAACCACAGAAUCAGCCCAUUCAGGGAAUAAUGCAAAGUACACUACCUCCCCCACAGUUCGAUCAAUAUCAACGGCCACCGCAAGGCCAACAGAUUAUCACUGUCCAAGGAAGCGCAGCAUUCAUGGUUCCUCCACCAAAUAUUAUUCAUCAAACUGUGGCUCCGCAUCCACAUAACCAGAUCAUCGUCCAAUCGCAACCAAUCAUAACUCAUCCACCCCCGAAUUCGAUUCAUCAGGAACUUGUACAGUCUGGUAUGCAACCUCCCAUGGGACCUCCUCCCAUGACUCAGGUUCCAAUGAUUGUUAAUGGAGUGGACGAUAAGAAACCCGGCGAAAUGCAUCUAAAACCAGAACAAAUAAAACUCGAAGAGGGACCACCGCCCGGAACGAUCAUUCAGCAAAUGGGUAAAUCAACUGUGAUUCCUGUUUCGUCAAUGCAAAGUAUUUCUUUGAGCCAACCACCGCCACCAAUCAUGUCGGUUCCACCUCCAACAGUACAGCAUAUUGUUGGAAAUACAAUUAUUACGUCUCAACAGAACCAUCCCAUCAGCCAUGCUAUCCCGCAACAAAUCUACAAUCAAAUACCUGUGUCGAUUCAGUCCUUUCAAUCAUCCCCGCAGCAAAUUCAUGUGAACGGGGGUACACACUAUGUCGUAAAUGCACCUCAGCCAUGGCCUCCGAAUGGAUCCACUCAGUCACCCCAGAUUCAACAAGUACCAGUUAGCUCGGUCCAGAACAUCCAAUUCGCCCCACAACAAAUGCGCAAUCCAAACGAGAUUCAAAUUAUCAGCUCACCAGCAAUUAUCAGUGCAGCGGAAUAUCGGCCACCACAGCAGCACAUUAUUACGACUAGUUCAUUCAAUCCGCAAAUGCAACCCCCACCAGGAGUGCAAUUAAUUCACACCGUGCCACCUCCGCACCAGCAGAUUAUAACGAGUAUUCCAAAUCCUCAACCGCAAAUCAUCGAAGCACAACAUUCGGUGCCUCCACCCCAUCCGGGAUCAGCUCAUCAAAUUAUUACAACGCCAGUUCCACAACCACCCCCGCAAUUUACUACGGUGCAGUACACGACUACUCAUGAACCAAAGCCAACAAUGGAAAUUCAACAACAUCAGCAACACGGCAUGCGCCAGGGACAAAAGCGUAAACAUCCGGAAGACGAAUUGCACAAAAACAUUCCACCUAAAAUGGGCAUGGGGAUGAAUCUGAGCAGUGGCGCCAGUUCGGUGACAGCGAAAUGCACGAUGUCUUCAACGUCGACGGCAACGGUUACAACGUCGUCGACGUCCGGCGGUCUAAUAACAUCGCAAAUUUCUUCAAACUCAACAGAUGAGUUGCAACAUGCAGAAGAUGGCAAUAACUCGGGAAACGAGCUGCAGUCCGGCGACGAUCACAACGUCGAAAACUUUGGCGGUAUCGGCGUCGGCAACUGCACCAAUAACAACAAUAAUCAUCAUAGCGGACCGAAGCAUGGUCCCAGCGGACAGCUACAGGCAUCAGGUGGAAACAACAGGUUACGCGGUUCGUACCGUAUUAGUCAACCAUAUUAUUCAAACAACAGCAAUGUCAGCUAUCAGCAAAAUUGCUUUCAAAGGAAUUAUGAACCGACGCCGCCACCACCGCCAAAGUGCAGGUGGUAGAUAUUUUUGCUUCCCCUCCUGAAUUCGUCUUUGGGAAAAGCAAACUUUGGAAGUGUCGAGUGUUUGUGAUUCGUUAGUGUUUCUUAUUACUGUGAAUUAAAUUAGCGCUUUCGAUGAACCUCUGCUAUAGCUUCAGGUGCGGAACCGCACAUCAAGUCGUUAGGGAAUGAAUUUGAAAUAUAACCUAUUCAUGUACUGUAUAUACAUAUUUUGAUCUAACCAAGACUUAGAAAGUUAAAAUGUGUUAUUAAAAAAUAGAUAUUAUUUUACUGA